AUGGCGGACUCAAAUCCCUUGACGAGCCUCAGCAGCAACAAGAACGGCACCAGAACCCCGACCCUCCUCCAGCUGAACGACUACAAACUGCCGGUGGAAAUCAUCUCUCACAUCAUUUCCUUCUUUGUGCCGGACGCGGGACUCUGCAUCUCCAACGAUCCCGAAUACGAUGCCGAUCUGGAUACCGUGCGUGCGCUUCUGAAGACCAGCCUCAACAUCAAGCACGAGGCUUUGCAGCUCAUAUUCAGAAAGCCUCUGAACGUCUACAUCACCAGUGGAAAGAGAUGUGGUUGUUCCGGGACACUGUACGAGAGUACUCUGAUCUCCGAUUUUCACCCGCUCAAGCGACUUGUCUUCCUCCCUCUGGUCAAAUGGAAGGAGGUCAGGGUCUGCUUCGCACCAAAAGAGUCAAGGUUGCUGCCAUGCCCAGUGGAGCUGGCCUCGCGCGGUUCUUGGAGCCACGUCCACAAUGGCUUUUAUUCGGCUGAACUGGUGAAAGCUGCGCGAUGUGUUUCCCGCCAAUCAAAUGGCCUGGCAGUCGAUAUGUGGCGCUUGAGGACGUCUAUUCCUCGAACCGGCGCUGUCAAUUUCAAAUUUGUCUUUGAGAAGCUACAAGGCGCUUCUCCUUGGCACAUUCAUAUGGUGCAGAAUGUGCUGCGAUUCUGGGAGUGGACAAUGGCUGACCAGUCUUCAAUGGACCCCGCCCCGCUGGAGCUGCCAGAAUUUAUCUAUGCAAAUAUCCAUCGAGACGCACUCCACUAUUAUGUGAGGCGGAACCCAAUUAUCGAUCCAGUCCGUCAUGCUUGCCUUCAGCUUCAGCGAAUCUUUCAGCAGAGAAUUUACGGUUGGCAGAGACGUUCAAUAGGUGAUGACAGCCUUGAAGAAGAUGCUCGGGGUUUGUCUGCACGUGUCGGUGCUGUACCAAAGAUUUUUUCAGGAGAGGUGAUCAUGCGUAUCAACAUACCUAGAACAAAAACAAAUCGAGAUGUCCUUGCCAGUAAGUGGAGUGCCGAGGUGGUUCAAGAGGUUGUUCUCCAGACAGGUUGA